GUUAAUGUUCUCUCUCCUGCACUGUGACCCCCCCAAAGAAACCCUGCCUGUUCUUCCAAUUUUGGACGGGGGUGGGCUCUACAUUUUAAACGUGCUUCGUAAAUGUAAUACCUGCCCAAUGUCUGGACUAUUCACUCUAUGCCUGAAUAAGAGCAGUUACUACUCGCCUGAAGGAAUUGGUUCAUUCAUUUUAAGCUAUUGAACCAAUAGCUGGUAAUUUUUUUUUAUUUAUUUAUUUUGCAAAUAGGUCAGGGCCGGAUACCAUUGUCAAAUUCCGCAGAAGAGAUUUUACCUGUCCCAUCCCGGUGAGCGCGUGACUGUUGUGAGCCAAGUGUGAUUUUUGCGGUGAGUUUUGGCCUUGCUUGACGAAACAUGACACGUGUGUUGGUGUAUGUUGGCGUGCUAAUAGUCAUAAUGGCUGCAACGGAAGGAAGGCCAAAAUCAGCUGAACCAAAGUGUAAAUCUGGCCCAGUCGACCUAGUCUUCAUCAUCGACAGCUCCCGCAGCGUUCGUCCGCAUGAGUUCGAGACGAUGCGCAAGUUCAUGAUCGACAUCAUCCAUGAGCUGGACAUUGGCCUGGAGGCUACAAGAGUUGGUGUGGUCCAAUAUUCCAGCCAAGUCCAGAAUGUGUUCUCCCUCAAAGCCUUCAGCAAGACUGCACAGAUGGUGAAAGCCAUCAAUGAGAUCAUUCCAUUGGCCCAGGGCACAAUGACCGGCCUCGCCAUCCGUUACGCCAUGAACGUAGCCUUCUCCGCCGAGGAAGGCGCUCGUCCUAAUGUUCCUCAUGUGGCUGUUAUUGUGACCGAUGGUCGCCCGCAAGACCGUGUGGCCGAAGUGGCGGCGGCUGCGAGAGAGUCUGGGAUUGAGAUCUACGCCAUUGGUGUCGCCAGGGCCGAUAUGACAUCACUCAGAGCAAUGGCAUCUCCACCGUUUGAGGAUCACGUGUUCCUUGUGGAGAGCUUUGACCUUAUUCAUCAGUUUGGGCUUCAAUUCCAAGACAAGCUUUGUGGGAUGGACUUGUGUCUAGAAUCAGAUCAUGGUUGUGAGCACAUCUGUGAGAGCUCGCCUGGCUCCUACCAGUGUCUGUGUCUGCCUGGAUACAGACUGAAUGAGGAUGGCAAGACAUGCAAAUCCAUUGAUCUAUGUGCAGAAGGGAAGCAUGACUGUGAGCAGGUCUGUAUCGCUUCACCCGGAUCCUUCACAUGCGACUGUAAAAUGGGAUACACACUCAAUGAGGACAAGAGGACCUGCACAAUGAUCGACUACUGCUCAUUUGGGAAUGAUAGCUGUGAGCACGACUGUGUGAGUGUGCUCAAUGGCUUUAACUGCCGUUGUAACGAAGGAUACUCACUCAAUGAUGACCUGAAGACUUGUACAAUGAUCGACUACUGCUCAUUUGGGAAUGAUAGCUGUGAGCAUGAGUGUGUGAGUGUGCUUCAAAGCUUUUAUUGCCAAUGUCGUGAAGGAUACACACUCAACGAGGAUGAGACAACAUGCACAAUGAUCGACUACUGCUCAUUUGGGAAUGAUAGCUGUGAGCACGAGUGCGUUAGCGUGCUCAAUGGCUUUAACUGCCGCUGUAACGAUGGAUACUCACUCAACGAUGACAUGAAGACCUGCACAAUGAUCGACUACUGCUCAUUUGGGAAUGACAGCUGUGAGCAUGAGUGUGUGAGUGUCCUCAAAGGCUUUUACUGCCAAUGUAAUGAUGGAUACUCACUCAACGAUGACAAGAAGACCUGCACAAUGAUCGACUACUGCUCAUUUGGGAAUGAUAGUUGUGAGCACGAGUGUGUGAGUGUCCUCAAAGGCUUUCACUGCCAAUGUAAUGAUGGAUACUCGCUCAACGAUGACAAGAAGACCUGCACAAUGAUCGACUACUGCUCAUUUGGGAAUGAUAGUUGUGAGCACGAGUGUGUGAGUGUCCUCAAAGGCUUUUACUGCCAAUGUAAUGAUGGAUACUCGCUCAACAAUGACAAAAAGACCUGCACAAUGAUCGACUACUGCACAUUUGGGAAUGACAGCUGUGAGCACGAGUGUGUGAGUGUCCUCAAAGGCUUUUACUGCCAAUGUAAUGAUGGAUACUCGCUCAACGUUGACAAGAAGACCUGCACAAUGAUCGACUACUGCUCAUUUGGGAAUGAUAGCUGUGAGCACGAGUGCGUUAGUGUCCUGAAAGGCGUUUACUGCCAAUGUAACAAUGGAUACUCACUCAACGAUGACAAGAAGACCUGCACAAUGAUCGACUACUGCUCAUUUGGGAAUGAUAGCUGCGAGCACCAGUGUGUAAGCAUGCUUAAAGGCUUUAACUGCCUCUGCAAUGACGGAUACUCACUUAAUGAUGACAAGAAGACCUGCAAAAUAAUCGACUACUGCUCAUUUGGGAAUGAUAGCUGUGAGCACGAGUGUGUGAGUGUGCUCAAAGGUUUUAACUGCCGCUGUAAGGAAGGAUACACUCUUAAUGAUGACAAGAAGACCUGCACAAUGAUCGACUACUGUUCGUUUGGGAAUCACAGUUGUGAUCAUAAGUGUGUUAGUGUGCUCAAUGGCUUCUUCUGUCACUGCAAUGAGGGAUACACUCUUCAGGAGGAUGGAAAGACCUGCCAGUCGGAUAACUUGUGUAACACAGUCGAACAUGGUUGUCAAUACCAGUGUGUGAGCACUCCAGGAUCAUAUCACUGUAUCUGUCCUGAGGGCCAUCUGCUACAGGACGAUGGCAAGACCUGCGGAACCUGUCGAUCUUCUAACAUCGAUCUGGUCCUCCUCAUCGACGGUUCCAAAAGUGUUCGCCCGAACAAUUUCGAGCUUGUCAAGCAGUUUGUUAACCAGGUGGUGGAUCAACUCGAUGUCUCCCCUAAGGGCACACGCGUGGGUCUUGUCCAGUAUUCCAGCCGAGUGAGGACAGAAUUCCCCCUCAGCAUGUACCAGAGUAAAGAGGAGAUCAAGAAGGCUGUGAUGAAUGUGGAAUACAUGGAGAAGGGAACCAUGACAGGCCUGGCUCUCAAACACAUGGUGGAGAACAGCUUCACUGAGGCUAAUGGAGCCCGUCCUGCCGAGAAGAACAUCCCACGUAUUGGCCUAGUGUUUACUGAUGGACGCUCACAGGAUGACAUCACAGAGUGGGCCAAGAAGGCCAAGGAAGCAGGUAUCACCAUGUAUGCUGUUGGUGUGGGCAAAGCCGUGGAGGAUGAACUGAGAGAAAUCGCCUCUGAGCCCGUGGAAAAAUACUUCUUCUACACCGCAGACUUCACAGCCAUGAGCCAGAUUGCAGAGAACCUCAAACUCAACGUCUGCGCAGCUGAGAGUCAGGGAGCGGUCGAGGUGAAGGACCCCUGCGCUUGUGAAAGUCUUGUGGAGUUCCAGCAGGUCACCAUGUCCACCCUGGACCAGCUCAAUCAGAAACUGUCAGCUAUGACCAAGCGAUUGGAAGUUCUGGAGAACCAGUUGCUCACGAGAAAAUGAAACAGCACUUCAUACAAGCCCUUUAAGGAGGAAGGGACCCGUUUGGUGAGAAGGGUCCUUCAAUAAAACCAAAGUCGUAAAGGUGUAGACACCUAAGACAUGAGGCCAGCAGACCAUGUUCUGUGCCAUUUUCGACAUGGCUGACAUUGUUCCCUAUUUAUACAUGAUCUGUAUUGUAUGGUUUAUUGAGAGGUAUGUAUUUAUGGUAAAUUUUAUAAUAGCAUUUAUACACUAAAAAGGGAAAUGAAGUCUUAUGGUUGUACCACUCAGAAAUAUUGUUAUCUCCAUAAUAUUUGCAUUGUUUUUGGCUUUGCACAACUGCAGACUUGUACACAAAAUGUAAACAUGCUUAAAACUGGGACCUUUGCCAUUUGAUUGUUGCAGUUAAAUGCUAAAUAAAAUACAUUUAAAUUAUGUACAAAUAUUAUAUUACUAAAUAACAAUUAGCUACACAUUAUACUGUUGUACAAAUUGUCUUAGUUUACAGACAAAACACUGAUACCUACAGCAAAGUGAUCCACUAGUAAUAUUACCAAAGCUGUUGCUCAUCAAUAUUGUGCCUGAAUAUUUGAAAUAGUCAGAAAAAUAUGUCUGAUAUUUGUUAAUUGUUCGACUGGACUGCAAAACAGAUCUGGAUAUCAAAAACCGCUUAAAUGUUUUGUUCACGUUAAAGAUAGAUAGGCAAAAUUGAGGAAAUGGUGAUAUGUUAAAGUUCCCCUUAAGAUUGCAGUUUUUUUUACUAUUGAAGUGUAAUUUACACAUGUAGAAUCCAGUUAAGAAUACCUCAAAGUACUCUGGCCUCAGGAUCUUUGUUUUAUAGACAUCAUUUUAAGGCUCUUGUAUGUGAAUUCUUGUACUUUUGGAUAUUUCCUAAUAACAUGCUUUUUUUAAAAACA